ACGCGCAUGUUUUGUGACAACGAGUCCAAACAAACACUUGGCACACGAGGCGCAUACGCGUUGUUUUCAUUAUUCAGUGCAAAAUAAAUGAAAUGGUUGAUUGAAAUUUAUGUUGUGUGAUCUGAGCCAUGCGAAGCUAAGUGCAACAAGCCGCAAUUUGUGUGGCCACGUGACAGGUGCCCCAUGCCUCUGGUACUGGUGUAGUGUUUGGAUGCUGUAGCUGCAGUUGAGGCUGAAUUCGUACACCCAAAUCACAUCCGGCUGCCUUGUCGUACUUAAUGGAUUGUUCAAUUUAGCCGGUGUUCGGCAAAUCAAAUCACAUUAUCAAACACAUUGAGACUUAUGUGUGUCCUGUUAAAUGCAACAAGAUGUUGACAACACAUCACCUGCAUCAUUUGCAUCAUCAUCGCGGCAGCACGGCCAUUGAAUUGGAUAAGAUUACCAAUUUAAAUACGCUCAUCGUGGAGAUCAACAGCCAUGUGGCACUCUUUCGCGACAUGCUGAUACAUAUCGGCCAGGCCAAGGACUGUCCGGAGCUGCGCGAAAAGAUACGCAAAUUGCGACGCACCUGUGUGGAGGCAUUCAAGCACACCGCACAGAUACUCGUGCCACAGGUCAAGAGCUCACUGGCCGAUGGCAUACUCACCGACAAUCCGCACCUGGUGUUGCUCUUCUAUAUGGCUCAGCUCUUUAUACGUGAACUUGUGAAAAGCUAUCGACUUAUUCAAGUUGUGCCGAUGGAUAUGUCUGGCUAUUAUGAGAAUCGAGCUGGUCCCUCGAAUCUGGGCAAUGUUAUAAGUCAAAUACUGUUGUGUAAGCAAAUAACGCCGGAUUUCAAUGAGGAGGAAUUAUGUAGCAUCACAAAGGAUUCGCAGGACAUUGCCAUGCUGCUUUCCGAGAUGCAGGAGUAUAUGCCACAGCACGAGGCAUAUUUGGAACGCAACGCAGCCCUGGAUACAAAUGGUACUUGGCCAGCAAAACGACGCCAGAAUUAUAUAUGCAAGAACAUGAGCCUGCUUUGCUGCGUGUCCCGCCCAAAUUAUCUCUGAGAGGAGGCCGAAAUUGUUUAAUUUUAAUGUCAUACAUAAGCACCGGCAACCACAAGUAUUACACACACACACACACACACACACAACACACAUUCUACUUAUAUCAAUUACUAGUGUUUAAGUCAAGCCUAUAAAAAACUAAACACAAAUAUGUUAGAGCCUAAGUGUACAACAAGUCAUUUAGAAUUGUAAUUAAAGAUCAAAGGAGUCUACACACAAAACCAAUUUAAACACAUAUAGAGUGCAUAUACAUUUAGGAAAGUUGUGUAUAAUCAAAGUUAAUGCUGCAUAUACAAUAUUAUACUAUUAAAUGUAAUUGCUCCUGAGUCUGGUAAUAGAGCAAAAUUUAUAGACAUGUUAAUCCAAUUUGAAAGCACAGUUCAAUAUGUCAUAGAAUUGAAUUGUUUUUAUCCUUUUGUUUUCAGUAAUAGUUUGGAAUAUUCAAGCACUUUAAUUAAAAGAAACUGAAAAUACAAUAACACUUGUUACAUUUUUCUUCUUGUAUUUAUCAAAAAGACCAUUUAGGACUGUAAAUUUUAGUAAUUGUAUAGAGUUUUACCAUAUAGAAAUGCGCUAGCAAACAAAUGAUUCAUUAAAUAUACCGUUGAGUUAACAUUAAAAUUAGAUAAGGGUGGCAUUGAGCAAGGGGAGCAGUAAAAAGGUAGAUGUAGCCACACAUGAUACUAGCUUGGUAAUUUAAUUAAAGGCAUGUCCCAGACCUGGUCCUGGCAUUGGCUCUGGCUCUGGCUCUGGGAAUGUGUUAGAACAAAAAGCAAUAAAACAAUAUGUCGUUAAUUCACAAAGACGCACACACACACACACACACACACACAAUUAUAAUUAGACACUACAUACAUUAGUGAAUGCACAAAUGUUCUAAGGUUUCUGUUAGUUUCAUUUUUAAAGACAACAACAAAGUUGAACUGU